AACUAAAAACGUUUUUAAAAUAUAAAUAAACAAAAGUUUACUCUUCGCACUUCAAAUUGAAAAAAAAGCACUUCUUGAAUUUUAUUAAUAAUUUUUUAUUUUCCCCGCAUUAAACUAAAGUAUAAACAAAAUAAAUAUGUUUAUACCAUUUUUGUAAUAUAUAGUUCAGAUAAAAUUAUUAUUAAUUGCAAUCUUGCGGAAAAUGCUGACUGUUUCGAAAUUUCUCUGCUUUAAAAUCAUGUUUAUGCAAAGCAGUAAAUCACGUUACUUUUAUAAUAAAUUAUUUUUUUCUCGGAAAUUUUGCAUAAAGCAUUCACAGAAACAGGAUAUUUUAGAUACCCAUUCUCAUUCAUUUGGAUUUCAGGCUGUAUCACCCAAAGAGAAGCGAGAAAAAGUUCAGAAUACUUUUUCGAGUGUUGCUGAAAAGUAUGACCUAAUGAAUGAUGUCAUGAGUGUCGGUAUACAUAGGCUGUGGAAGGACUAUUUUAUUCGGACUUUGUCUCCUGUUGAAGGCACCAAACUUUUAGAUGUUGCUGGGGGAACAGGUGAUAUUGCAUUUCGAUGUCUGAAGGCCUCUUCUGAAGGCAGUGAUGCCACUCAAAGUCAUGUGACUGUUUUGGAUUUCAAUGAUAAAAUGCUGUCCAUAUGCAAGAAAAGAGCAGAAGAAUCAGGUUUAGAGAAUCAACUGACAUGCGUUCAAGGAAAUGCUGAAAUGUUGCCUUUUCCAGAUCAGUCUUUUGAUGCUUACACCAUUGCAUUUGGAAUUCGAAAUGUUGUUCACAUUGAUAAGGCUUUAUCAGAGGCGCAUCGAGUUCUACUACCUGGCGGUCGUUUCCUAUGUUUAGAAUUUAGUGAAGUUCAAUAUCCCUUAAACAGUGUCUACAAGUGGUACUCUGAUGAAAUAAUACCAGUAUUGGGGCAAGUUAUAGCUGGAGAAUGGAAAUCCUAUCAGUACCUUGUUGAAAGUAUUCAGAAAUUUCCUAAACAGGAAGAGUUUCUUUCUAUGAUAAAAGAAGCUGGACUGAGUUGUGCAACGUAUGAAAAUCUAACGGGUGGCAUUGUAGCCAUUCAUUCGGCUUACAAGCUUUGAGUAUUUUAUUUAUGAAAAUGCAAAUAAUGAUUCAAUUGUAUAUAGAGUGGAUUAAAAUAAAUGUUGCACUAAUUUAUGAUGUUAGAAAGGAAUUAUAACCUAUUUGUUAAAUAUGAGCUGUUAUUUUAUAAAGUGGAAUGUGCCUG